CGAAGAAUUAAUGCAUCAGUUUUCUGGUGUAGAGGUCGGUGUCAUUAAGUUUCAGGACUAAAAGAAACUCCAAAUAAAGAAAAAUGUUUGGAUUGUCUGCUGACGACACAGUAACGUCUCGAUUACGUUACUGGAGUGUGACGUCACCAGAGACGCUGGCGUUUGUCUACGUCACUCCUGACGGCCAGCGGUUUGCUUACACAAGGCAGGAGCUGUUCUCUAUGUCACGCAGAGCGGCAAGUUGGCUUUCCAAGCGAAACGUGUGUAGAAGUGACAUCGUUCUUUGCCUCGUUCCGACAUCGCCGGAGCAAACGUUCAUCGCACUGGGGACGGCGUUGCUAGGGGCGACAGUGAUGUGUACAAACAUGCAGUACAGAGACGGAUCCGACAUUUCGCCCUUGAUGAAAACUGGUGACGUCACGGCCGUGGUUGUGGACGAGACAGACCAACAAGCCAUCGCCGCCCUACAGACCUUCAUCCCCAACUUGUCUGCUCCAUCGGUUGUCAGCGAAGCCGUUCCGUCGUUAAAAUCUGUUAUCUUCUGUAAUCGCUUCUCACAGUUGUCCUUCUUGGUAGCUGUAGCCGCUGAGGAAGAAGGAGACCUUGCUGACGUCAGUCCUGAUGAUGUCACGACGAUUUUCGCGACCUCUGGUAGCUCAGGGCAACCGAAAUUAGUGCCAAGAACCCACAGAGAGGCCAUGACCAUGGGGCUAGGUCAUUACCAAUGUAGCCACCAGAGCGAGUCAAGUCUCAAGACGGAUGUCAUCUACAACCCCAGCUCAUUUGGCUGGGCGACUGGCUAUCCUUCUGUGUAUCUAACGACCGGGCAGACGAGGGUAGUUCCUUACGUCAUAGGAGCUCCGCCAGACGAUGAAGCCAAGUUCACGAUGGACUUGAUGAAGAGCGAGGGCGUUGUUAGUGCGUUUUUAUUACCGCAAACAAUGAAGACGUUACUGGCACGCGCUGACCUCUUGCAUUGUGACGUCACGUGGCGUUUGGACUUGAUCGUAACUGGAGGCAACUCGGUCAGGACAGAUAUUGCCCGCGUCAUAGGAACUUUGACUGCCAGGCUUGUAGUCGUUUAUGGAAGCACUGAAGUAGGGAUCGCGACAUACAAAACCUACGACGAUCCCUUAAAGGUCGUGAAUUUUAACUGCGGGAGGCCUGUAGACGGAAUGGCAGUGAAAAAUUGUCGACGACAAUCUGAAGAAGUUCCUCCAACCAAAGGGGAGAUAAUGAUCAAGCACAACGGCAUUUCACCGGGUACCUCAAGCACCCAGCUGCUGGAGUCCCACCUUAUGAAGUGUCCGGGAGUGCAUGACGUGGCUGUGGUGGCUAUCCCUGACAAGGACUUCGAGAACCUUCCGUGUGUGUGCGUCGUCCAGGAUCCCAGACCGGAAGCCCCGCUCGUAUUGCCUGAAGACCUCCUUCGCGCAUGCGCCGAGUAUUUCCAGGACAGUUUUCGCCAGGUGAACAAGCAGCGAGAUGUAGCUGUUCCCCCAGUGUGUCUGGUGUUUGACAAGUUUCCUCUCAAUCCCAAUGGAAAGGUGCAGCGGGGAGCAUUGCGAGCUCUGGCUGUGGAGAGACUGGGGCUCUGA